UUUUCUUUUAGUUUUUUUUUUUUUUUUUCCUGGUGGUGGUUUGUAAAAUGAACAAGCUGUAUAUAGGAAACCUCAGCGAGAACGUCAGCCCCCCGGAUCUGGAAGGUCUCUUUAAGGAGUCUAAGAUUCCCUUCACCGGUCAGUUCCUGGUCAAGACCGGCUACGCUUUCGUGGACUGUCCGGAUGAGAACUGGGCGAUGAAGGCCAUCGACACCCUCUCAGGGAAAGUGGAGCUGCAUGGUAAACUUAUAGAAGUUGAACACUCAGUCCCCAAACGGCAGAGGAGUCGGAAGCUACAAAUCCGAAAUAUACCACCGCAUCUGCAGUGGGAGGUUUUGGACAGUCUGUUGGCACAAUAUGGAACAGUGGAAAACUGUGAGCAAGUGAACACUGAGACUGAGACUGCGGUAGUGAAUGUAACCUAUGCGAAUAAGGAACACGCAAGACAGGGGCUUGAAAAACUGAACGGCUAUCAGCUUGAAAAUUAUUCCCUUAAAGUGACAUACAUUCCGGAUGAGAUGGCUGCCCAACAAGCUCCCAAUCAGCAGCUACAGUCUCAGCCCCCACAGCACCCACCACAAGGGAGACGUGGAUUUGGACAAAGGGGACCUCCUAGGCAAGGGUCACCGGGUGCUACCGCAAGACCUAAACCUCAAUCAGAGGUUCCACUACGCAUGCUAGUCCCUACCCAAUUUGUAGGAGCAAUAAUUGGAAAAGAAGGUGCUACCAUCAGGAAUAUUACCAAGCAGACCCAGUCAAAAAUUGAUAUUCACCGUAAAGAAAAUGCCGGCGCUGCAGAGAAACCAAUUACCAUUCACUCAACUCCGGAAGGCUGUUCAACAGCUUGUAAAAUAAUAAUGGAGAUUAUGCAGAAGGAAGCCCAGGAUACGAAAUUCACAGAAGAAAUUCCCUUAAAAAUACUAGCCCAUAACAAUUUUGUUGGACGUCUUAUCGGCAAGGAGGGACGAAACCUAAAAAAAAUUGAGCAAGACACGGAUACAAAAAUCACCAUAUCUCCACUUCAGGACUUGACAUUGUAUAAUCCUGAGCGGACUAUUACAGUAAAAGGCAGCAUUGAGGCAUGUGCCAAAGCCGAGGAAGAAAUAAUGAAAAAAAUUAGGGAGUCCUAUGAAAAUGAUAUUGCGGCUAUGAAUCUACAAGCUCACUUAAUCCCUGGAUUAAACCUGAAUGCUUUGGGACUAUUCCCACCCUCUUCUUCAGGCAUGCCACCCCCUUCAGUUGGGGUGUCUUCACCUACGACCUCUACUUCAUAUCCACCAUUUGGGCAACAACCAGAGUCUGAAACAGUUCAUCUUUUCAUACCAGCAUUGGCUGUAGGAGCAAUUAUUGGCAAGCAAGGACAACACAUAAAACAACUUUCACGUUUUGCUGGAGCCUCCAUUAAGAUUGCUCCAGCAGAGGGACCAGAUGCCAAACUGAGAAUGGUCAUAAUCACCGGACCCCCAGAAGCCCAAUUCAAAGCUCAAGGAAGGAUCUAUGGAAAACUUAAAGAAGAAAACUUCUUUGGACCCAAGGAGGAAGUUAAACUCGAAGCCCAUAUUAAAGUGCCAUCUUAUGCUGCUGGACGUGUUAUCGGCAAAGGAGGCAAAACUGUUAACGAGCUUCAAAAUCUAACAAGUGCAGAAGUUGUUGUUCCCCGUGAUCAAACUCCAGAUGAAAAUGAUCAAGUGGUUGUUAAAAUAACAGGCCACUUUUAUGCAAGCCAGCUUGCACAGAGGAAAAUUCAGGAAAUAUUGGCUCAGGUAAGAAGACAACAGCAGCAACAGCAGAAGACCGCACAAAGUGGACAGCCCCAGCCAAGACGAAAAUAAAGGUUCAGGAACAUAGCCCUUCACAGAGACAGAUGCCAGACCAAAGACAGACUGAGUAAUUGACAGGGACCCACACCUGUCUGCGCUAAGUGGUUACAAAAUGCCAACUAGCUUGUCACCUGUUUGAGGACCAGGCAACAAAUAAACUGUCUCUGAGGAAUGUAAUUUUGGCUCUCAAACGUAUGAAACCCAGCUUUAAAAA